GGCACUGCGGGGUGGGCGGAUGCUAGUGGUUCUGGUGUCCGGGGUGACGUGUAGCUAGUAGGUCCUGUAUCCGUGGCAGCGCCCAGUUGCGGUUCCCGGAGAGAACUUUGCACUGACAGUCAUCUGGGCCGCAGCGCGCCGCUGAGGCGGGUCGGCAGCUAAACUGUGCUGCUCCAGGGCAGGCACCAUGUUGCAUUCAUCUUUACACCCAGCAUCUAGCAGUGUUGGCAUGUAGUAGGCACUCGAGCAAUGUGUGUUGAAUGAGCGAUGCCUGUGACAAGCAACUGGACUUUCCUCUUUCCUGACCCUUGCUCCUGUGCCAUACCUCCUGACUCCCACUGUCACCCCUUCAGAGCAGGACUUCUCUAGGGAGCCUCAAGGGAAACAGCUAUGGCCAAGGAUAUCUUGGGAGAAGCAGGACUGCACUUUGAUGAGCUGAACAAGCUUCGGGUGUUGGACCCAGAAGUUACCCAGCAGACCAUAGAGCUCAAGGAAGAGUGUAAGGAUUUUGUGGAUAAAAUUGGCCAGUUUCAGAAAAUAGUUGGUGGUCUGAUUGAGCUUGUGGAUCAGCUCGCAAAAGAAGCGGAGAACGAGAAGAUGAAGGCCAUUGGUGCUCGGAACUUGCUCAAGUCCAUAGCAAAGCAGAGGGAGGCCCAGCAGCAGCAACUGCAGGCACUGAUAGCCGAAAAGAAAAUGCAGCUGGAGAGGUAUCGGGUUGAAUAUGAAGCUUUGUGUAAAGUAGAAGCAGAACAAAAUGAAUUUAUUGACCAAUUUAUUUUUCAGAAAUGAACUGAAAUUUCCAUUAUUUAUAGCAGGAAGGCAAAAAAGGACCCAAACAACCUCUGUACCAUUCCAGUGACUUGACUGACGACCAAGUAUGUCAUGGCAGUGUAGAAGGAGGCAGUGUGGCCGUGUGGGUACCUCUGGGCAGCUGGGAAACAGUGCCCAGCACUGCUGGGCUGGGCAGCACAGGGCCUCACCUCUUGCAGUCUCAGCACAAACUAAGCAGCCUGUCAACUUGAUCCUCUUUUUUGUUUUGUAAAUUCAAAAGGCUCUCAAUGAAAAGCAAUAAAUACCAUUAGCAAA